UGAAAAUAAAUAUUGGAGACGAAAUCAUGUAGUAUGUUAUUUUUGCAGUCAACUAUGAACAAUUUGCAGGAAUGUAAUGCAGUUUCUCCCGCCAUUCCAUCUGUGAAAGACUUGGUGAAGGUUUUGUAUGGAGGAAAAAGAUUUGGCAAUCGUGAUGAAGUUUGGCCUAACCUGUUCAUUGGUGACAUGUCAGUGGCCAAUGAUCGCUACAGUCUGUGGAAGCUGGGAAUCACUCAUGUUCUGAAUGCAGCUCAUGGGAAGAUGCACUGCCAGGGGAGUCAUGACUUCUAUGGAUCCUCUGUGGCAUAUUAUGGAGUGCCUGCAGAUGACUCACCAUCCUUUGACCUAUCUCGCUAUUUCUCUCCCUCUGCUGAGUAUAUUCAGACUGCACUUGACACAGCUGGUGCUCGGGUUUUUGUCCACUGUGCAGUUGGAGUGAGCAGGUCUGCCUCCCUCGUCCUGGCCUACCUUAUGAUCCAUCAGAAUUACACCUUGCUAGAGGCCAUCAAUAAGGUCAAAGAGCACAGAUGGAUUUUUCCAAACAGAGGAUUCCUCAAACAGCUUCGUGGUUUGGAUAUGAAAACAUGCAAAACAUCAUGAGUAAUUCUCUGCACUGCAAAAAUUAAUUGUUUUUCUCAAUUACAGAACCUCAAACGCUUGUUUUCCUCAAGACAAAUUGUGCUUCUGCCAGUAGAGGGAGAUACUGUAUAUUGACUUUAAUCAGUUUGUUUCACGAAUGGCCCAAAUCUACUACCCAUUGCGUCCUUUAAUGGGAUCAUGCUUCCUGUCUGCAUGUUAUUGACUCUUAUGUUAUCAUUAGGGAUCGGUGUAGUCAUAUCAUUCA